GUGAAAAACGGAGCCUGAACCUCAGAGAUAAUAUGGAGCAAAAUUGGAGGUAGUGAUCAUGGGUUGGAAAUAGAGACAACAUAAUUAAUGGCAAGAGAUUAGGGCCCAGCUUAGAAUUCUCUGGGACACUGAUGCAAUGCUCACCAGAGUGUCCACGAUACCCAUUCGGCACCGAAUUUAGCAUCCGGAUUGGAUAGGUGUUGGCCUUGUUUGGAGACUCUCAGGCUGCGUGGAUGCGCUUUGUUCUGGGAGCUGCAAGGGUGAGAGUGGUGUAGAACGAGAAACGUAUUCACGCACACGGAACUGAGAAGGAGAGUGUAGUCGAGAGAAUUCGACAAUGGCUAUGGCGGCGAUCUCGUCGACGACGUGCACUGCAGCUCCCUCCAGUACUCUGAGGCUAUCUAGCAACGGUAGUGGAUUACGAAGUGCUUUUGCUGGUCCUCAAUGUAGCUGCGGAGGAUUUUCAUCAGCACUCUUCGGUGCCCCUAUCUUGAGGGUCCAACGUCUAAGCGGUACACCUCGCCAACGAGGACCUGUUCAAAUUUCUGCUGUCAAGUAUGAAUAUAAAUCUUCUCAGAAUACAAAUGAUCUAAGUCAAGCUCCGCUAUCUAGUGGAAAUAGCAAUUUGACGUUGAUCAAGGAUGCUCGCAUCGAGGCUCAACCUCAAGACAUGAAGCUCAAACUGAGAGUAGAUUUGACAGGCCAAUCUACACAGAAGGCCUUUGACACAAUUGUGAGAAGUCUUGCUAAGAACGCUCCACCAGUACCUGGAUUCCGUAAAGCUAAAGGAGGAAAAACAUCCAUUGUCCCUACAAGUGUGUUGCUGAAUAUGAUGGGAGUCUCAAGGGUACGAAAGUUCGUGAUUGAGGAGAUUGUGCGGACGGUUUUGGUAGAGUAUGUUGAGCAGGAAGGAAUCAAAGCAAAGAAGAACCUCGCAACAGAUAAAACUGCGGACGAACUAAAUGCCAUAUUUGAGCCUGGACAAGAAUUUGGCUUUGAUGCCACCCUUGAGCUGGAGGAUGACUCAGCUGAUGAAGUGGCAAAGCCAGAAGCAGCAGACGCAUCCGAAAUUGAGGUUGUGGGUGCAUAAUGUUCAACCAGGAUCAGUACCAUUUUGCCCACUCAAGGAGAGUGACACGAGCUCACUAUGAAUCUCGGACACUAGUCCAUCCGGGACGGCGUUGCAGACACAGUGAAGCACUCAGCUGACUUUCUAUAGUAUGCUUCUGACCAUGUAGAAAGUCUAGAUUCUUCUCAGGCUCAGCUCUUGUUUUUAUCUCGGGUGGGGUUUCUUACGCUCUAGGAAAUGUUGAGCAGCUUGAAUGUAAAAUUUGUAGCGACCACAUUCUUACCUCAAUGUGAGUUAUUUUGCUGUGAGAAA